UUUGAUUGAUCUGGUCUUCCAAAGGGGAUAAUAUAUACACACACACAUAUAUAUAUGUACUCACCUAUUACUCUCUUUCAGUCAAACCAAAACCACAAUCAUCUCAAACCAAUCUCUUAUAUGUUGAAACUUCUAAUCUGCGGUAGCCCUCUUCACCCUUCUUCUGAUCAUCAACACCAACAUCAAAAUCGAGAUCAUCAGGACGAAGUACCCAUGAGCCUGAGCUGUAGCGCCGGAACCAGCCCCAGUUCUACACCGAAAAAGUCAAGAAAAACUGCCUUCAGCAGGAAUCAUAACAACAAGGACAAGAACCCUUAUGCCACUCGUGGUCUGGACAAGUUCUCAGCGCUUUUGGCUGAUCUCGAAGAGAAAAGGCAGAAGAUUUAUGAACAAAGUGCAGCCUCAGAAGACAUAUCUUUCGUCAGAUUUGUUUACAAGAACUCGAACGACUUGGUUCCAAUCAUCGUUAAGUUGAAGGACAGUGAGAAAGAAGCAGAUAAAACUAAUAAGAGUACUUCUCGUACUGCUGGUAAUGAAGACUUAUUAGUCAAAGAGAAACAAUCAACGCAAAACUCAGAAACAACCCAUGAUAAGUUUCCUAUAGCUGUGAAAGAAGUAAAGAAGUCACAAAGGUCGGAACAGAGUAGCAAGGUCAUAAACAACUUAUUACAACCAUGGAGCAUGGUUAAGUUUGAUAAGUUGAGACGACCCUCGUAUUACUUGCCGGUUGUUGUGAUCGUGAUCUUGAUCUUGUUGGCUUUUUUUGGUCGAUCCAUUGCGAUUCUAUGUACUUCGAUUGGAUGGUACGUUGUUCCAACGUUAAAGGACAGCUCCACCCGAAAAAGUUCAGCGGUAAACAAGAAAGAUUAUGUUAAGAAAUUGAGUGAAAAAAAUUUGGUGACUGAAGGUGUAUCUUCUCCUCGGAUUAACAACAAAUCUCCUCGACAACAAGGCCAUCGGAGAAGCUGGUGAAUGUGAUUGUCCCUAUUUUUUUUUCUUUUUUUCUUUCUCAUUUUGGUUCUAUUUCCCUGUUAUUUUUCUGGGUUUUUAAUUUUUUUUCCAACUACCUGUGUAAAUAUAUAUAUAUAUAUGUAUAUAUAUUUUGGAUGUUUUGUAACAUGGGGUAGAGAUUUUUCAAAUUCAAUGAAUCUCUCUGUUUAGCAUGUUUCAGUAAUCCAUGUAAAAAUUACUCGAAAAGCAACUCAUGUUUUGUAAGAACUGAUUGCUUAAAGCAAUUAAAUUGUAUAUAAUAUCCCACUAUAGGAUAAUGCAAUCAUUACUUACCAAUUAGUUAAGUGACAAAACGGUCAAAAAAAUAAAAAAAAAACCUUGACAACCUCACGCAAUCAGUUUUUUGUACCUAAUUUGAUGCAGUAUGCUUCGACAAUCUUCAAACAAGAAUCAUGAAGAAGUAAUUUCUUCAAAAUUUCAAUGAAUAAUUUACGUGCAGCUGUGUAAUGAUUUAUGGAAUUUGCGUGCAGCCGUGUAAUGAUUUA